AUGUGUCCUGAUUUGCAUGAAAAAGAAAACAAAAAUAGAGAUUUGCAAAAAUCAGAAUCUUUAGAAAAUACAUUAACAACUGUCGCUUCUGAAACUUUACUGCAAACGAUCAAUGUUAGGGUUAUUUCUGAUAAUAAAAGGUCAAUGACAGUAAGGGCACUGCUAGAUUCGGGUUCGCAACGUUCCUAUAUAACUACAAAAUGCGCGGAAGAUUUAGGGUUAACUAAAAUUGGACAAGAAAAUAUAGUUCAAGGUGUUUUUGGUGGGUUGCAGGGAGCUCCAAAGAUUCAUCGUUUGUUUAAGGCAGGUAUAGAAAAUUUAGAAAAUUCAUUCAGCAUCGGGUUAUCUUUACUAGAACAAUCUAAAAUUUGCAAUUACGUUCCAAAACUAAUUGACCAAAAGGUCCUAGAUUUAUUAAAAGAUAAAAAUAUUUAUAUAAAUGAUUCUGCUUCUAAAGAAUUAGAGGUUAAUUUAUUAAUAGGGGCAGACAUGUUUGGUCACAUCAUAACGGGAAACUUGGUAAACAUAAAUGAUUCUUUAGUAGCUUUGGAAACCAAGUUUGGUUGGACCGUUAUGGGGACACAAAAAAGUAAUAAUAAAAUAAACACGUUUGUUUCAACUUAUUUUACUGACUCAUUGAGUACUUUAUGGAGUUUAGAUGUUCUGGGUAUAAAAGAUCCAGCAGAGACGAAAUGUCGAGAAGAGUUAGACAUUCGCACAUUAGAAAAAUUUAAAGAAAGCACUGUGGUAAAUAGUGAAAAUAGAUAUGAAAUUUGUUUACCAUGGGCAGAAGGUUAUCCGGCUAUAACCUCUAAUUUUAAUUUAGCUGAAAAGCGACUUUUUUCUACCACAAAACGGUUAAUUUCUCUGAACAAGCUUACAGAGUAUGACAAUAUAUUUCAAGAUUGGGAAAAUACAGGAAUCAUUGAAGAAGUAGAAGAAGAGCCGUUGGAAAAGAAUACGCACUACUUGGCACAUCACGCAGUUGUCAAAGAGUCCAGUUUAACUACGAAGAUCCGACCAGUGUUUGAUGCAUCAGCUAAAGAUGGUAACGGUAAUUCUCUUAAUGAUUUACUGGAAAAGGGUCCAAAUCUAAUUGAGCUAAUAAUACCUUUAAUUUUAAAGUUCAGGUUACAUAAAAUUGGGGUAACGUCAGACAUAGCGAAGGCAUUUUUGCAGAUAAGCAUUUCAGAGAAAGAUAGGGAUUUUUUACGAUUUUUGUGGUGGAAAAACUAUGAAAAAAGAGAAAUAAAAAUAUUUAGACAUUGUAGAGUAGUUUUUGGGCUAAAGCCAAGUCCGUUUCUUUUAGCAGCAACAGUUAAUUUGCAUUUAGAAAAGGAAAAAACAUACACAGAAACAGCUAAUCAACUUCUUAACGCAUUUUACGUAGACAAUAGUAGUAUAGCAGACGGGGUUCUAACUCACUUUGGUAACCUGUCCAUCAGGGUCUCCGAAGCUGAUGGACAGAAGAGCCUCCUUUGA